GCCUCUGCCACCGCCUCUGCCCCCGCUCCGUCCGCGACCCCAGCCCCGACCCCGCCCUCGUCCCCGCCAACCUCGGCCGCGGCCUGCGCCCUGGCCCCGGAGGCCAGCCGUGGGUACGAUGCUGCCCAGCUCCAUCCAGAUUUCGGGGGAACCGCUGUCAGGCGCCGAAGUGCGGGACAUUUGCCGCGGCCUGCGCGACAACGCUGUGCGCCUGCUCUCACUGCGCGGCUGCCGCCUCUGCGACCGCGACUUCGGCCGCAUCUGCCGGGCCCUGGCCGGGGCCACCUCCCUGGCGCAGCUCAACCUUAACCUAGGCGUCGUGUCCAGUCCCAGCCGCAUCAAGCAGCUGGCAGAGGCGCUGCGGACCAACCGCUCCAUCCAGUCCCUCUUCCUACAUGGGAGUCCCCUGACAGAUGCAGGGCUGGCCUUGCUGAACCCAGCCCUGGCCCUCCACCCUGCCCUUGUGGCUUUGGACCUGGGGGACUGCAUGCUGGGUGAUGAAGCCAUCAACCUCAUCUGUGGCCUCCUCCCCCCAGAUGGAGCCAAGUCAGGCUUGAAGGAGCUAACGCUGAGUGCCAACCCUGGCAUCACCCCUAAGGGCUGGAGCCGCCUCGCGAUUGCCGUGGCCCACAGCUCCCAGGUCCGCGUCCUCAAUCUGGACUACAACCCCCUGGGUGACCACGUAGCAGGGAUGCUGGCUGUAGCCGUGGCCUCCAGCCGCACCUUAGAGGUCCUAGACUUGGAGGGCACCGGGCUCACCAACCAGUCAGCUCAGACCCUGCUGGACAUGGUGGAAAAUUACCCCACGGCAUUGAGGAGCCUGGUGCUGGCUGAGAACAGCAUCAGCCCAGAGCUGCAGCAACAGAUCUGUGACCUCCUCUCAGAGGGAGAGGAGGAGGAAGAGGUGGCAGGAGGGGCUGGCGACACCCAGGAACGAGAGCGAGCGCGGGAACCUGCUGCCCACCAGAGGAGCAGCAGCUCCUGGAUAUGCCCCAGUGAUCCCAGCUCUCAGAUGGUGCUCAUGACAUCAGGACUAGGGGACAGUCUGUUGGCGGAGACCGAGAUGUGACCCUCCACUUGGGCUUCUGCGCAUCAUUACAUCUUGUCUAUGUCCUCAGCACCUUGUCCCAAAUAUCAGGGUCAGGCCCUGGGGCCUGGGAGGGAGGGUGGUGGUGGCUGGGGCUCUGGUAGCUCCCGGCAGUGGUGGGAAGCUCUGGAAGCUGACUGAGCAACAGCCUCGGGGGCACCUGUACCCAAGGCAAUGCCUCUGAACUUGGCAGCUCUGGCUGCAACCCGCUGGCUCGGAAGAGAUUUUAUUAACUCUACAAA